UUGAUGAAGUCACCUCGUAAGUCGUAACCGGAUUAGAUUCUCCUCAUUCAAAAAUCAACGCGACUCCAAUUCCAAACUACAAACUCAAAAUCUCAGUAUGGGCCUACCGGAGAUCGUCGACGUUGCUCGGAAUUUCUCCGUCAUCAUCAGAGUUCAGGGCCCUGACCCAAAAGGACUGAAGAUGAGAAAGCACGCUUUCCAUCAUUACAUCUCAGGGAAAACGACUCUUUCAGCAUCUGGAGUGUUAUUGCCUACUUCAUUUAACGUUAGCAGUGAGUCAAUGUCAUUGGUUCUCACAGUUGCAUCCAUUAUCGAACCAUUUCUUUCAUCAAAACAUAGAGAUCACAUGUCUCAGGUCAAACCUGAGUUGAUUUCUGGUGCUCAGAUAGAUAUAUUUGUUGAGGGGAAUGCUAAAGGAACUCCUCAUUGGAUACCUGCUGAACUUAUAACGUUGGUUGAUAUUCCAGGUUCAUCUGUUGCUGUUGAAUCUUUAGUAGGAGGGUCAAUGGAUCAUGGGUGGGAAGUUGGUUGGUCUUUAGCCUCAUAUAAUGAUGCUCAUCAACCGUAUUUUGAUUCUAAACAAAAAGAGACUCAAAGAUCUUCAAUGCUGGAAUCACAAUCAACUGAUCCAACUCUAAUAGGAAAUUUCGGGACUCGAAUUGCAAUACUCAAACUUUCCACAAAAACUUUUCAGGAUCUUCCAAACCUAAAGAUAUGUUCUCCAAUUAAGAGAGGAGAUCUUCUUCUAGCAAUUGGUGCUCCUUUUGGUGUCUUGUCUCCUUCCCACUUCUCCAACAGUAUAUCGGUUGGCUAUGUUUCCAAUUACUACCCUCCAAGUUCCUCUCACAUAUCAUUGGUGAUGGCAGAUAUUCGAUGUCUUCCUGGAAUGGAAGGAAGUCCUGUUUUUGGAGAACAAUCAGAGAUAGUUGGCAUGCUUACAAGGCCACUGAGGCAGAGGGGUAGUCGUGCUGAAGUUCAGCUUGUGAUUCCAUGGGAAGCCAUUGUAACAUCAUGUACAAGAUUUUUAUCACCCAACACAAAAACCCCCUUAAAAAGCCACGUCAUCCCUCCAAAUCCGAUAGAAAACGCCACGUCAUCAAUAUGCCUUAUAACAAUCGGUGAUGGUGUAUGGGCAUCCGGUGUUGUACUCAACCACCAUGGCCUUAUUCUCACUAAUGCUCACCUCCUUGAGCCAUGGCGCUUCAAGAAACCUCAUGCAAACCAUAAAAACACAAUUUCCAAUAUCUUUUUCACACAUUCAAAAGAAGCUAAACAAGAAAGAGAAUUCAAUCAAAGGGUACAAGUUCGAGUGGAUAAUCGUGUUUGGUGUGAUGCAAAUGUGGUGUAUGUUUGUAAAGGACCUUUGGAUAUUGCAAUAUUGAAGCUUGAGUUUGUGCCUCAUAAGUUGCAACCGAUUGUUAUGGACUUUACUUGUCCCUUGAUUGGAUCCAAGGUUUAUGUUGUUGGACAUGGACUUUUUGGACCUCGUUGUGAUUUUCUUCCAUCAACUUGUGUGGGUGUGGUGGCAAAAGUAGUUAAAACUGGCGGAGAUGGGGAUAUUCCGGCCAUGAUUGAAACAACUGCCGCCGUGCAUCCUGGUGGUAGUGGUGGUGCUAUUCUUAAUUCAAAUGGUCACAUGAUCAGUCUUGUUACAAGCAAUGCUAAGCAUGGUGGGGGGACAGUUAUACCUCAUUUAAACUUCAGCAUUCCAUGUGCAGCAUUACAGCCUGUCUUCAACUUCUCAAAAGACAUGAAAGAUAUAUCAAUCUUGAAAGAUCUUGACAAACCAAAUGAACAACUUUCUUCGGUUUGGGCAUUGAUGCCAGGACCAGCAUUGCCCGACCCACUGCCCGGGCUGCCCGGAGACGAGAGAAAGGGUUCCAAAUUUGCCAAAUUUAUAGCUAACAGACAAGAAUUUCUUAAACAAGUAUCGCCUCUUGACAACAAAGAUGCUGAUUCUUCAAAAUAUCUUCCCAGCAAAUUGUGAAAGUAUGAUGUAAUUUAAUGCAUACUAAGGCGUUUUUUUUUCUGAUUCCUAUCAAGUAUUGUAUGUAUAAAGUGUUGACUGAAUAAAUAAUAAUGGUUAAAUAAAGUUUAAAAAAUUAA